GUGUCCCACAGGAGCGCUCUGAUGUGAUGUGAUCUCCCUGCUCUUACUCCACUCAGCUCAGCUCUGAGUGUGUGUGUGUGAGAGAGACAGAGAGAGAGAGAGAGAGAGUUACUCCUACAUUACACACACUUCAUUUGUCAAUAAAAUUACACCCUGAAAAGAGAUAGACCUUGUGGAAUAUCAUGUCAGACACGGAGACAAAACCAUCUGGUGAUGGAGCAGAGAAGAAGGAUGGAGAGUACAUUAAACUCAAAGUGAUUGGCCAGGACAACAGUGAAAUUCACUUUAAGGUGAAAAUGACGACGCAUCUAAAGAAGCUGAAGGAGUCGUACAGUCAGAGACAGGGUGUCCCCAUGAACUCUCUACGGUUUCUCUUCGAAGGACAGAGAAUCGCAGAUAACCAGACUCCCAAAGAGUUGGGGAUGGAGGACGAGGACGUGAUCGAGGUGUAUCAGGAACAGACUGGCGGCUACUGGAACGACUAGACCUUUACUUCAUCUCCUUUCUUUUUAAUUCUUAAUUUUGUAUGUAUGAUGUUUAUUUCUUUCUGUUUCCUUUUGUGCUUCUCCCAGAGGGAAAUGGAAAAAAAAAAUAAGAAAACCAUCUGGAUCAAAGCGAUACUUUGGAUACUCCAGUGCAGGGCUGCUGCUCCAAGCGAGAGAGGAGGUUAGAGGUGUAGGAAGAGGGAAAGAAUAAAGAAAAACCUAACCUUUUUUUUUUUCCAAACCUACCUCUCUCUCUCUGUCUCUCUCAGUCCUAUAAACACUCGGAGUUGGGAUUAGUGUGUACUGUGCACUGACCCUCAGAGCAGCUCGUCAAAUUCCCCCCAGUGAAUUUAUCCCUGUCAUUGACGCUCUACUUCUGCAGGAUAGACACUAAAACUUUCAUCGAGUCUACUCCUACAUGAUAUUCCUCCUGUAUGUAAUUAUUGUCAGCUGAUAAAAACGUGUGCUGCGUUUUCCUUGUACGUGAGAUUUGCACACUUCAAGGGAGCGACAGCUUUGUGUUGUAACUGUGUGAUGCAUGUUUUUUUGUUUCGUCUCUCCAUCUGCUCCCCUGUUCAUAAAAAGCGUAAUGCAAUAAGGCCCUGGUUUAUGAUGACACAAGAACGAUCUCUGAUCAACACUCAGGGGCACCGUUUAACCACACAGAAAUAAAUCCACCGAUCUCUCACACACACAUGAUGAUGAUGAUGAUGAUGAUGAUGAUGAUGUCACUGCACGUUUAGCUUUUUUGUCCACUUCUUAGCUUUCAUUUUCAUUUAUGUGAACUGGAGAGGACUUGGUCCAGAUGGUUUGUGGACAUAGAUAAGAUUAUUAUUUUGCUUUUGUCUUGUUUUUUUUUUUUUUUUUUUUU